AUGUGUUUCAGCUCACUGAAGCUUGCUUGCUAGGUUUCGAGGUGAGAAGUGCACAGGAUGAUGUUGUUGAGGUGUUUGUUGCUGGCGGUGGUGGUGGCGGUGGCGGCGGCGCCGGCGAGGGGCGUCCCGUUCACGGAGAGCGACCUCGCGUCGGAGGAGAGCCUCCGGGCGCUGUACGAGCGGUGGCGGAGCCGGUACACCGUGUCGCGGCGGCCGGGCGGCGGCCUUGCAGGUGGCGCCGAGGGCGACGGUGAGGCUCGCCGGCGGUUCAACGUGUUCGCGGAGAACGCGCGGUACGUCCACGAGGCGAACAAGAGGGACGACCGGCCGUUCAGGCUGGCGCUGAACAAGUUCGCCGACAUGACGACGGACGAGUUCCGGCGCACGUACGCGGGGUCCAGGGCGCGCCACCACCGCAGCCUGAGCGGCGGCCGGCGCGGCGAGGGCAGCUCGUUCCGGUACGGCGGCGGCGGCAGCGACAACCUGCCGCCGGCGGUCGACUGGCGGGACCGUGGCGCCGUCACCGGCGUCAAGGACCAAGGCCAAUGCGGGAGCUGCUGGGCGUUCUCGGCGGUGGCGGCGGUGGAGGGCGUGAACAAGAUCAGCACGGGGAAGCUGGUGUCGCUGUCGGAGCAGGAGCUUGUGGACUGCGACGCCGGCGACAACCAGGGCUGCAACGGCGGGCUCAUGGACUACGCGUUCCAGUUCAUCAAGAAGAACGGAGGCAUCACCACCGAGUCCAACUAUCCCUACCGAGCCGUCCAGGGAAGGUGUAACAGGGCAAAGGCAAGCUCUCACGACGUCACAAUUGAUGGGUACGAGGACGUGCCGGCAAACGACGAGUCCGCUCUACAGAAAGCAGUUGCAAACCAGCCUGUGGCUGUUGCAAUCGAGGCAAGCGGCCAGGAUUUCCAGUUCUACUCCGAGGGUGUCUUCACGGGAGAAUGUGGCACGGAUCUCGACCAUGGGGUUGCGGCGGUUGGGUACGGCACAACGCGAGACGGCACCAAGUACUGGAUCGUGAAGAACUCAUGGGGCGACGAGUGGGGCGAGAGGGGGUACAUCAGGAUGCAGAGAGGGGCGUCGUCGUCGUCAGGAUCGAGUGGGCUGUGUGGCAUCGCCAUGGAGGCCUCGUACCCUAUCAAAUCAGGGUCAGCGCAACACGAGGCUGCUGCUGCUGCUGCAAACGAGAGUGUUGUUAGAGACGAGCUCUGAUCGAUCUCCGAUAGAUCGAUAUAUAUUGUGGUGUUUUUGUGUGUGGUGUUUGUGCUCAAUUGCCCUCAAUUGCUACAGCUUUGCUGGACAAGGGAGAGGGCUGAAUUGAAUCUUUUCUGCUGUUCACGGUUGUACGUACUGUUAUAUGCCACAUGUCACUAUACAUGGGCUAGGCAAAAUAAAUAAAUAGGAGAGCAUGGCUGAAAUAAUUUUCUCAAUUGCAA